AGCCGCGGUCUUGCGCGCGGCGGCGGCGCGUAAGGGCUUUUAUUGGCUAGACUUUUUUUGUUGUUGUUGUUGACGUUGUUGUAUGUAUGAGUCCGCGUUGCGCGCGGUUUUUCGGAAGAACGGCGUCCGUUUGUUGGUAGCGUCGUUACGUCGGCGUUUGCCUGCGCUGUUUCUUAGAGGCGAAAUUAUCGGUUAAUAUUGGUUAUUUUCAUUGUUAUUCUUUUGUUUCAAUUAAAUUGGAAUGUAAUGUUAUAUUUGUAUCAUUCCUGAAGCAUAGUGUUGUGUGACAAUGGGGUGUGCUCAAAGUGAAAUAGCCCCUCAAAAUGAAGCUCCAAAAAAAGGCUGCACAGAUGUACUCUGGCUGAUUAUUUACAUUCUGUUUUGGAUUUUAAUGAUUAUUGUUGCGGCCAUUUCGUUCGUUUACGGCAAUCCUCAGAGACUCAUCAAUGGAUACGAUUCGUUUGGAAAUACUUGCGGAGUGAAGACCAAUAAAAAACUCCUUAACUUACCAAUCGCCGGUAUUGGCACCGAGGAUAAGAGCUACCUCUUUUUUAUGGACGUCAAACACCUGCGACGAUCGAUCAAAAUCUGUGUGAAAAAAUGCCCCGACAAGCAGCUGGAUACUUUCAACGACAUACAAAACUUUUACAGGGAAACUGGUUCAAACUUAUGUAGAUAUGACAUAAAUUUGAAUAAUGUAUCAACCAUUCCCAAAGAUCUACAUGGCACCAUUGGUCCUUGUCCGAUUUUGCCUGUGUAUGAUUCUUUUCCAUUAUUAAACCGAUGUGUACCAAAAAAGGCAAAGGAUUUGGCAGAAAAAGUUGUGAGUGACUUCUAUGAGUUGCUUAACAGUUGGGAUACUAUUGAGCAGAUGCUGUCUGAUCUUUAUUCAUCUUGGAAGGAAAUGAUAAUAUGUAUUAUUAUAGCAUUUAUAUGUUCGCUAGUAAUGGUCUCAAUCCUCCAUCUCUUGGCAACCUUUGUUUCUUUUAUAUUCAUGAUCCUGGUAUCUAUUGUGAGUGUAGCUGGCACUGCCUUGCUUUGGUACACAUACCACGAACUGAGGACUGGCCAAAAAGACUUUGCUGAUACUCCUUUUUUAACUGAAUCUCUUAAGAACAAAGAGGCAUUUCUGUGGUAUUCUAUUAUAGCCACAAUAAUAACUUUAAUACUCCUGCUGCUGGUAUUUGUUAUGCGAUCGCGGGUCUCGUUUCUGGCGGCUCUAUUCAAGGAAACUGCGCAUUGUCUAGGCUCGAUACCAGCAUUGUUUUUACAGCCUAUAAUAACGUUUUUCUUCCUUGUACUGUUUCUUAUGUUUUGGUCUGCAGUUGUGGUGUGUUUAGCAACAGCGGAGUAUCCAGGCAUACCCUACAAGACGAAUUUCCUAAUCAACGGCAGCGCGACGCCCGCCAAAGUUGAUAAUUCUGCAGUACAAAUUAAUGGGAACCCAGAUUCCAUCAACAAAACAUUUUCAUUCCAAACCGUCGAUUUUGACCCCAUGUGGGUGAAGAGCAUGUGGUGGAUUUGCCUCAUCAGCCUGGUAUGGGGCAGCGAGUUCAUCCUCGGCUGCCAACAGAUGACCAUUGCUGGUGCUGUUUCGCAUUGGUACUUCAGGGGUCAAAACUCACAAUCUCCUGUACUAUAUUCCAUUGGCAAGUUGAUAAAGUAUCAUUUGGGUUCCGUCGCAAAAGGAUCGUUCCUCAUUACGAUAUUCAAGAUUCCACGUCUUAUACUUACGUAUUUACAUGCCAAGUUAACAGCUAGAUCUGAAAAGGGCUCCGAAUGCGCGAAAUGCGGUCUCAAAUGCGGUAUAUGCUGCUUUUAUUGUCUCGAAAAAUUCAUUCGGUAUUUGAACCACAACGCAUACACCAUCAUCACAAUCGAGAGAGUGCAUUUUUGUAAAGCUGCUGCUAAGGCUUUCAGUACAUUAGUGAACAACGCAUUACAAGUGGCUACAAUCAAUAGUAUUGGCGAUUUCAUACUGUUCCUGGGCAAGUGUAUAGUGACUGCAGUGACAGGCAUCAUCGGCCUGCUGCUGCUUAAACGCAACUCCGAUCUACACUUCUUCGCUGUUCCCACUCUCGUCAUCUGCAUAUAUUCCUUCUUUAUCGCACACUGCAUUUUAUCUCUUUAUGAGAUGGUGGUUGAUUCGUUAUUCUUGUGCGUGUGCGAGGACCGCAAUAUGAACGGUGAUGAGGGUAGAUGGAAAAACUCGCGUCUGUCUGAACUUGGCGGUGAUUCUCAAAAGAGAAACAUUGAGGGUGCAGAACUACAGAACUUGCAGAACAAGUACUGAACAGUAACAUGAUUACGAAUUUGGAUCAGAAAAAAAUGAAUUUUAAAGUUGUCCGCUUUACUGAGCUUUUAUUUUAUCCUUAGGUUAUAUGGCUCUACAAAGCACUGAUUUAUCUUAUACACAAUUGUAUGCUACAAAUCUUUUUGAAAAUUUUGUAUACUCAUGUUAGAGUGAUAGAUGUGAUUUAUGAAUGUUUACAAGAUGUUGAGAAUUAUUUUAUUGAUAUGCCAUAUUUUGGAUGAAAGUUCUGAUUUUAAAUAAUUGUAAUUUCUAUUAUUACAUGAUUAAUAAAUACUCUUUAAAUCGCAUAGUAAAACGUAAUUGCGUAUUUAGUAUUCAUAGGUGUAAGUGACGAUAUUGAACUUUUAGAUUUGCAUUUUGUAAAACAAUUUAAAUUAUUUAAGACUAGCAUUAAGUUUGCUUUUGAACUAUGUUUCAUAUUUUACAUACCCAAAUCAAUUUCGAAUGAUGAAGUACAAUUUAUAUUU